AUGGCAGAAUCCUCCAGUGAGUCAGACUACUUCCGCCAGCAAGACCAAUUGAGUCGGUGGUCUACAAGGUCAACUUAUAGAAGGACUCGAAAUUACCCUACAGCAGAUGUCACCAAGAAGGUCAACACUAUAACAAGCACUUUACAGGACACCAGUCGGAACCUGCGACAAGUGGACCAGAUGCUUGGACACUACCGAGAGUACAGUAACGAACAAGCAGGUGCCAUAGAACAAUUAAAAGAAAGCUUGGAACAAUCAAUAGGCCACCUUCGGAGUCAGCGUUUAUUGAAACAGUCGGGAGGGCGCAGUAGUUCUGUUACGAGCCUGAGUGCAAGUGAUCUCGGUGGUGCUGCCGCAGAGAGCCCCCAUUUUCCACCUACCUCACCUCUCAAGGACUAUGGGGAUUCACAAGGUAGCAGAGCAGUGAAGUCGAGAACCGGUGUCCGUUUUGUUGGAGAGACGGAUGUAGGCCAGCUUCAUGCUUUACAUCAAUCUCUUCGAGACCUCAGCAGUGAACAGAUUCGCCUUGGAGAUGAUCUCACCAGGGAAUUUUCAAGAAGAAGCCGGUCAGAUGCUGAGACAAAAAGGACUUUGGAAGAAUUGACUGAAAAACUUAAUGUCCAGAGGCAAGAAGUGGUUUCAGACCGGGUCGAGCGGCGGCUUCAGGAAAUCGAAAGAGAGAUGCGCACCGAGAGAGAACUGGUGGAAAAACGGCAGGACCAGCUGGGCCUGAUGUCCUUGCAGCUACAGGAGGCACUGAAGAAACAAGAAAAUCAAGCAGAGGAAGAUGAAGGAGUGAUGAAAAAUAAACUCAGGCAAACGGAGACUGAGAAGAGUAAACUUGAACAGGAGUUAGAGCUGUGUCGAGGGUUACUGAAUCAAUCAGAGGGCAGCAGAGAAACACUUAUGUGCCAGAUAGAAGAACUUCGUACACAGCUACUGAAAGCAGAAGGUGAUCGAAAGGGCUUACAGCAUCAGAUGUCUCAGAUUUCCAGGCAGCAGUCAAAUCAUCAGGAUGAACAAGCAGACAGCUGGAGGUUUAGGAGAGGGGCUGAGCGGGAAAAACCGGAUCUGGAGAAGCAGAUGUCAGAUUUGAGAGUGCAGCUGAGUUUCAACGAAAUGGCCUCUGAGUUAGAGGAAGUGAAGCGGAGCGUGGAGCGAAAAGACAAGGAGCGAGCGCGCCUGGCAGUGGAAGUCGAGAACUUAACACUGGAAUUGGAGAACAGGGAAAAACAGCAACUGCGGAUGUUGGACCGACUUAAGGAGAUCCAGAAUCACUUUCAGACGUGUGAGGCCGAACGUCAGCGCGCCGACCUCCAGAUCACCGAGCUGACGCACCACGCGGAGGACGCGACCAGGCAGGCCGAGCGCUACCUCAGCGAGUUCCAGCAGUCAGAGGCCCUGAGAGAGGAGGCCGAGAGGAGGAGAGAAGAUCUCAAACGGAAAGCUCAGGAAUCCAUUAAGCAGUGGAAGCUGAAGCAUAAGAAAUUAGAGCGAGAGUUGGAGAAGCAGUGUGAGAUGCUUGGCGAGUUGACAGACAAGAAUAAUCAGAUUCUAAAAGAGAGGGAUGAAUUGAAAACCCAGCUUUAUGCAGCAUUGCAACAAAUAGAGAAUCUUCGCAAGGAGUUGAAUGAUGUCUUAACCAAGCGUGCCCUUCAGGAGGAGGAACUGCACUGUAAAGAGAAGAAGCUCAGUGAUGCUAAGUGUCUUCAAGCAGAGCUGGAACAGGAGGUCCGAGACUCCUUGGACACCGUGCAUCGGCUGGAAAACGAAUUGAAAAGGCAGAGUAAGACUCAAAGUCUGAUGAAAGUGGAGAAAACUCACCUGGAGGAAGAGAAUGCAGAGCUAAAGAAGAGCCAGUCUGACGAUAAAGCUAAGCUUCUGGAGCUGCAAGAGUCUAUCAAGGACUUGAGUGCCAUCCGCGCAGAUCUCGCUAAUAAACUGGCCGAGGAAGAGAGAGCCAAGAAGGAGGUGCUUAAGGACCUUUCUGACCUCAAGACACACGAGAAAACCAGGGAGGAUGAAACAGCUACAAUCAUCAGGCAGUUAAAGCUUGAGCGAGAUGUUCACCAGCGGGAGCUGGAAGAUCUCACAUCCUCAUUGCAGACUGUGAAAACGAAACACGAACAGAAUAUCCAGGAGCUGAUGAAGCACUUUAAGAAAGAGAAGUGUGAGGCUGAGAAUCAUAUUAGGACACUGAAGGCAGAAAGCUUAGAAGACAAGAAUACAGCUAAGGUUCAUCUCUGGCAGCUGGAGAAGAUGAAAGCACAGUAUGAUAGGCUGACACAAGAAUUAGCCCAGAAUGAGGAAGAGAACAAAAAACUGAAGCUAAAAUAUCAGUGCUUGAAGGAACAGCUAGAAGAAAAGGAAAAACAUAUAAGUAAUGAAGAAGAGAACUUAAGGAGGAUGGAAGAAGCCAGAUUGCAGCUCAAGGAUCAACUUCUUUGCCUGGAGACUGAACAGGAAUCCAUUUUUGGCAUGAUAGGAAAGGAAAUUGAUGCUGCUUGUAAAACCUUCUGGAAGGACUCAGUGGACAAAUUGAAAGUGUUUUCAGCUGUUCCUGACGUGCGUUGCGACCCACAUCGCUGGCUAGCAGAAAGCAAGACGAAGCUCCAGUGGCUCUGUGAGGAACUGAGAGAGAGGGAGAGCCGGGAGACAAGCCUGCGGCACCAGCUGAUGCUGUGCAGACAGCAGCUCAAGGACCUGACGGACAGUAAGGAGUCUGAGCUCCAGUACCUCUUUGAUCAGAUAGAAAGGCAGGAGCAACUUCUCGAAGAAAUACAUCAGGAGAAGCGAGAUCUGCUGGAUGAGAACCACAGAAAAGAUGAAGAAAUGGAGUCCCUGCAGCUGAAGCCACUGGUUAGACAUCUACCUUGGGAAGAAGCUAGUCAGACCGCAGUGACAAAUCAGAGUGAAGCUCAAUUUGAAGAAAAAGCAGACCGUGUAAUGGCAUUAGAAACGAGUACCCAAGUGGCCUUGGACCAUCUGGAAUCUGUGCCUGAGAAACUGAGCCUCCUAGAUGAUUUCAAAGACUUCAGAGCUUCCUGUGGCUUCUCCAAGAGGACUGAUGGGAGAUAUUCUAAAUACAAAAUGCAGAGAGAGUCUCUUCAGCUGCGCCGAGAUGAGGCCAAGUACAGACUCAAAAGCUUCACGGAUGACAAACUUGUUCCUGAAAGUUCUCACGCUCAUGGGUUAGAUCACUCAUUCUCUUGGCAGGACCACGGAAGCUUCCUGUCUAGUCCACGAUUUUCACACUUGAACUCAUUUGCCAAGAGAACUGUUUCUCUGGAUUCAGCUUCAAUCAAGGAAGACCCCCCAAGUUUAACAAUGAACGAGAGAAGUCCACAAUCCAAAAAGGAGGAGUCUGAGAACAAAAGAAGCAAAAUCUAAUUAGUGGCCUGGCAUUAGCGUUUUAAGAAUUACAGAAGGUCUGUUUGCCACAAUUCGGCCCCGGUUAUCUUGCAGACUCACCUGCAGCUUCAGAAUGCGCUAACCAGUGACUACAAUUAUAAAGUGGCUGGUCUUUAUGGAUAGUAUACAUUAAACCGAUCCAACUAAUAUUGGCUGGAUGCCAAGCCACUAACUUAUCGGCAACUUGCAACAGCAGAGAAAGUAAUAGUUUUCAGUUGGUAUUUUUCUUUUUUCAGGUGUGGUCAGGUCACAUUUUCUUGACCAAAAUGUGGAUGUAUAAUUGAGGUCUUUAAAAAAAUGACUGGGUAAAGAGGAGGAAAAUGAGUUCCCCUUGAGGUGAAAGUUGCCAGCACUUUAGAGUCAGGGACAUUUACUAUAAAGUAGGUUUUUAAAAUGCUCUCUCCCUAAUAAAUUAUCAUGUGUUAUAACAUGUCGUGGAGAUAUGCAUAUAGUAUUAGUCCACUUUAUAAAUACUCAGGAUUUUUACAUUCAUCAUCUCAAAAGUAUGUUACUAAGUUCAGUGUUUGAAAUUGUUUUCUAAUCAGCCAUUUUUAGUGUCAAUAAAGAAUUGAUAAAUGAUCCCUGGAUUGCAAUGGACUAUAAAGAAUUCAUAGCAUGAUUGAUUUAUUUA